GUGAAACCAUGAACGAGACGACGUCAAACGAAGACAGUUCCGCCCAUUUUGACCAUCCCACAGGUCUUCGACUAUAUGUUGUGUUCCUGGCCUUGGCACUCUCCGUCCUCAUUGUCGGUUUGGAUGCAAGCAUUAUCGCAACUGCAACCCCACGUAUUACAGAUACUUUCAGCUCUCUCUCCGACGUGGGAUGGUAUGGAUCUUCAUAUCUGCUCACCGCUUGCACUUGUCAACUGGCAUACGGUCGGGUCUACCAGCUAUGCUCCAUCAAAUGGGUAUUCAUGAGCGCCGUCUUGAUUUUUGAGGUCGGGAGUCUGAUUACAGCUCUGGCGCCAACAUCGAGUGCCGUAAUCGUUGGUCGGGCAAUAUCUGGGCUUGGGUUUGCGGGAAUUGGGACUGGUUCCUUGAUUAUUAUUGCAUAUGCAGUACCCUUGCAACGACGAGCAUUUUUCACCGGGAUCAUUGGAGCUAUGGAAGGAAUAGGCUUCAUCGUUGGCCCUUUACUUGGUGGUGUUCUUACGACCCGCCUUUCAUGGCGAUGGUGUUUCUGGAUAAACCUUCCUGUCGGGGCAAUCACUGCGAUAGUAAUUGGGUUCUUCUUUCGGCCUCCUCGACAGCAGCCCACUCCGACAUUUACGCAGGAUCUUAAAGAGUUUGAUUGGCUUGGAACGUUCACAUGUGUUCCUUCCAUUCUUUGCCUGCUCCUCGCCCUUCAGUGGGGAGGGUCGAAGUACCAGUGGCACGACUUCCGCAUCAUACUUCUUUUCGUUCUUUUUGGACUUCUUCUCAUUGCCUUUACUGCAGUUCAGAGAUUCUCGAAAGCCACAGCAACCAUAUCUUCCAGAAUCGCCAGAUCACGGAGCAUUCUCUUUGGUGCAUCGUUCGCCUUUUCCCUCUCUGCGGCGUUAGCAAUCUUCAGUUACUAUCUGCCACUGUGGUUUCAGGGCAUUAAGAACGCUUCUGCUGAAGCUUCUGGUGUUAUGCUCUUGCCAGUAAUACUUGGUAUGAUUGUCGGAUCCAUCGUUGCCGGUAGCAUCGUCACCUAUAUUGGGUAUUAUUUACCUUUCAUGGUUCUCAGUGGUAUUUUGACACCAAUUGCGGCGGGGUUGUUCACAAGCCUGUCCGUCAACUCGCCAAAAUCCGUUUGGAUCGGAUACUCAGCCCUUGCUGGAUUCGGGGCUGGGUUGGGCUUCCAACAGCCAAUCUUGGCAGCCCAAACUGUUCUUGAUCAGGAUGAUGUUGCGAUGGGUACCUCUAUCAUGAUCUUUGCGCAGACUCUUGCCGGAGCAAUUUUCGUUUUGAUCCAAAAUUUGAAGAAGGAGGUACCACAGAUCAACCCAGAUUUGGUCCUCGAGAUCGGAGCUACGAAUUUGAGAGCUGCUAUCCCUGCACAAUUGCUCGAUGCUGUGCUGAAAGCAUACAACAAAGCUAUCACGCGCACUUUUUAUGCAGCGGUGGCAAUGUCUGCCCUGGCAUUUGUUCUUUCAUUCGGCAUGGAGCUGAAAUCAACCAAAAAGGUUGCACAUGAUUUUCGAAGGCAGUUCUCUCCUUGCGAAGAAGCCAGUGUCUAUGCUAUCCCAAUGUAA